CCCACCCACCGUGCCUCCCCCCAUGCAAGAGCUGCCCGACCUGAGCCACCUGACCGAGGAGGAGAGGAACAUUAUCAUGGCAGUGAUGGACCGGCAGAAGGAAGAGGAGGAAAAAGAAGAAGCCAUGCUCAAGUGUGUUGUCAGGGACAUGGCGAAGCCUGCUGCCUGCAAAACACCAAGAAAUGCUGAAAACCAGCCCCACCAACCUUCACCAUUGCAUCAACAAUUUGAAAGCUAUAAGGAACAAGUGAGAAAAAUAGGGGAAGAAGCACGGCGUUACCAGGGCGAGCACAAAGACGAUGCUCCGACUUGUGGCAUCUGUCACAAAACAAAGUUUGCUGAUGGGUGCGGCCACCUCUGCUCCUACUGCCGCACCAAAUUCUGCGCCCGCUGCGGAGGCCGCGUGUCUCUGCGAUCGAACAAUGAGGACAAAGUGGUUAUGUGGGUAUGCAAUUUAUGUCGAAAGCAACAAGAAAUCUUAACCAAAUCUGGGGCCUGGUUCUUUGGAAGUGGCCCUCAGCAGCCCAGUCAGGAUGGAACCCUAAGUGAUACAGCUACAGGUGCUGGUUCCGAGGUUCCCAGAGAAAAGAAAGCCCGGCUCCAGGAGCGAUCACGGUCUCAGACUCCCCUAAGCACCGCAGCUGCCUCCUCCCAGGACACCGCUCCUCCCACUGCACAACCAGACAGGAGCAAGGGGGCUGAGCCCUCCCAGCAAGCCAUGGGGCCAGAACAGAAGCAGGCUGCAUCCAGGUCUAGAAGUGAACCUCCAAGAGAGAGGAAGAAGACGCCUGGGCUCUCUGAACAGAAUGGCAAAGGAGCCCCCAAGAGCGAGCGGAAACGCGUGCCAAAGACCUCAGUGCCACCCGGGGAGGGGGCCUCGGAAGACCGGGAGCGGAAAGAAAGGCGGGAAAGCCGGAGGCUGGAGAAAGGCCGGUCCCAGGACUUCUCCGACCUGCCGGCAAAGCGAGAGGAGGGCAAAGCGGCGGUUGAUGAGAAGCAGAGGAGCGAGGACUACCAGACCAGGUACCGCAGCGACCCGAACCUGGCGCGGUACCCCGUGAAAGCGCCGCUGGAGGAGCAGCAGAUGCGCAUGCACGCCCGGGUGUCCCGCGCCAGGCACGAG